UUGAACAACAAGUGUGUUGUAUAAUUUUCUGGCUGAGCUCUCUGGUUUCCAGAGCUAUGAGGCUCUUAUCCUCUCAUCACCUCCUUGCAUUCUCCGCCGUGCACCGCCGCCGCCACUCAUCGGCAACCACCACUACCACCACCCACCUUCAUCGUUACAAACCGACAACAACCACAGACACUGUCCGGUUUCCUUGUUCCCCUGUUGUUCCAGCUGUACUCCGUUUGGGUGAAAGGGUGUCUGUGUCGGCGUUUGUUGUCUCUGCCAACGCUCAUGAUCUGCUCCACAAUGCUGGAGCCACUGUUGGUGUUCUUGGUGGCGCUUAUACGCUCGUGUUCGCUUUUGAUGAUCUCACUCGGAGGAAGAUCAUCAAACAGAGUCUGAGCAGAAAACUUGUCCAUAUCUUAUCUGGUUUGCUUUUCCUGGUUUCUUGGCCCAUUUUCAGCAACUCCCCUAGUGCUCGCUACUUUGCUGCUUUUGUUCCUCUUGUGAAUUGCUUGAGGCUUUUGGUGAAUGGUUUUUCAUUGACUUCUGAUGAAGGAUUGAUCAAAUCAGUAACUAGAGAAGGAGAUCCAAGAGAAUUGCUAAGGGGUCCCCUGUGUUAUGUUCUGAUUCUGAUAUUAUGUGCUCUUGCCUUCUGGCGUGAGUCUCCAAUUGGGGUAGUAUCUUUGGCAAUGAUGUGUGGAGGGGAUGGUGUAGCUGAUAUCAUAGGUAGAAGAUAUGGAUCCAUGAAGAUUCCUUACAACCCCCAAAAGAGUUGGGCUGGUAGCAUAUCCAUGCUCAUGUUUGGAUUCUUGGUUUCAAUUGGGAUGCUAUACUACUAUUCAGUUCUAGGACAUGUGCAAUUGGAUUGGGGGAAUGCUGUGCCUAGAGUUGCUUUUGUAGCUAUUGUGGCAACAGUUGUGGAGUCCCUUCCCAUUUCUGAGGUGGUAGAUGACAACUUAUCUGUUCCACUAAUUACCAUGGCAGUGGCAUGUUUUGCUUUCCCUCAUUAACUCAUGGACCAUAUGAUCAUAGUUCUUCAAUUUUUUUCUGGAAGAGUGGUCUUUGAAAUUAUUCUUGGCAAUAGGGAUGGUAAAGUGUAUCAUAUUAUUUGGACACAAAAAAUAUAUCAUUAUGGGUAGUAGGUUCGGUCUACCCAAUAAAUGAGUACAAAGAUUAAAGUUGA